GUAUCGGCGUUACUUAAUGAAUACUUGUUGCGUACCUCACUUUGAGAAAACCUGUAUAACCAAGAAGGAGGUUUAAAUACUAAAUUUAAAGUUAUUUUAGACAGAAAAAAAGAAAAUUUAAAAACUAGAAUGUGUUGAUAAUAAUUUGUUUUUUUUUUAAUACAAUUCUUUUUUUAAUUUUGCAGUAUACAUGUCAGAAUAACUUACCCAGUACAACAGAACUAUUGAUAACAAAAGGAAAUGCUAACUAUCAGAUGAGACAUGCGCCCACAGGAAAAGUACCAUUGCAUGACGCUGCGCAACGCGGCCAUAUCGAAUGCAUCGAGGUUCUUCUUAAACUCAAAGCACCGUCACAUCCUAGAACAUUAGCAAAAGAUACACCUGCAGACUUAGCAAAGCACUAUGGACACACGGAAUGCUAUCAAUUAUUGAAAAACUACACGCCGAAACCGCCGCAGACUUCCAAAAGCCUAUGGUAUCACGGCACCUUGAACCGGGAUGAGGCGGUACGCACUUUGGAGGAGUACUGUCGACAACGCGGCCUCCGCGACCGGCCCGCUGACGGGGUGUUCCUGGUGAGGUACAGUGAGCGGCACACGGGCGCUUACGUACUCACAAUGCUCAGUGAGAAUACGCCCUACAACUUCAUUAUUAGAAAAGAGAAUAAUUGGCUAUUCAUAGACGAUGGUCCGUAUCUAGAAUCAUUAGAGAGAUUGAUAGAACACUACAGCACUGUUCCCGACGGGCUGCCGACAAGACUGACUACAGCCGUGCCGCCCAAACCCAAACCACCGUUACCAGAAUUCUCCACAAUGCCACGCACCAAGAAACCAUCACCGAGUCGCGCCGCCAUGAACCAAACGUUAUCCCUAGUCAAACACGAUAUACUUAACGACGAUCAGAUAUCGAACCCGAACUCCCCGCCCACCGUGCCCUCCAACAACAACGCCUUUGACCUCCUCACGCGGAACCUCUCCUUCUCGUCAGACUUCAACAACGACAGUUUUAACAACAAUGAUGAGUCCACGCAAGAUGACAACGAAACGUACAAAGUGCCGGCCAACACUGGCGCGGUGGCCUCGUUGGCGGAGAAUUACAAUGAAAUUUCAAUCAACUCUGACGGUCAACUGUCUACUUUGCAAGAGUUCAUACCGAUGAGUUCGUUGACCCUGGGCGCGGUGUUGGGCGAGGGCGAGUUCGGGUCGGUAGUCCGCGCGACGCACUCGCCGGGUGCGGACGCGUCCGCCGCGCCGCCGGUGCCGGUGGCGGUGAAGACGCUGCACGUGCAGCACACCGACACCAACCGGCGGGAGUUCCUCGCUGAGGCCAAGCUCAUGAUGUCGCUCCGGCACACCUGCAUCGUGAGACUCAUCGGCGUGUCACUGGGUCCUCCACUUGCAAUGGUCCAAGAAUUAGUGCCAUUGGGCUCCCUUUUAGAAUACCUCAUCAGGCAUCCUGAGAAAGCGUCACCAGGAUACGAGUUAAGGCUGUGGGCGUGUCAAAUAGCUGCCGGCAUGAGAUAUCUAGAGCGACGACGAUUCGUACACAGAGAUCUCGCCGCUAGAAAUAUACUGGUUGCUAGCAGACAACAAGUGAAAAUAAGCGACUUCGGUCUAUCGCGCGCGCUAUCCGCGGACAGUUGUUACUACAAGGCGAGUCACGGCGGCAAGUGGCCGAUUAAGUGGUACGCGCCCGAGUCUUACAACUACGGUACAUUCAGCCACGCCAGCGACGUAUGGAGUUAUGGCGUCACGCUGUGGGAAAUGUUCUCAUAUGGGAAGCAGCCGUACGGUGACGUCAGAGGGAUCGAGGCAAUACAAAUAGUGGAGAAUGGACAAAGACUCGAGAGACCAGAAAACUGUCCCGAUGAAAUCUACCAGGUGAUGUUGGACUGUUGGGCUUACAAUCCUGACGCUAGACCAACUUUUAGCAACCUCGUGGAUGUGUUCUCGCGUCAUCCAGACUACGUGAAUAUCAGUCAACUAGCCCUCGAAAAUGAUGAACUAAGCUCAUAAUCAUAAACCACAACUAUUUUUACUCCUUCAGACAUUUCAAUCGAAUGUUUUAUCACUCAACGUAAUUUUCGUUUCUAUUAUCAUAUGAUAAGUUUGAUAUUUAAAUAGCAUUUAUAAAGUGCAGACUUGCUAGGUUUGUGUUGACUGAAGGAGUAGUGAUCAAAUUGAUAGGUUAGUAAAGUUAAACUUUUAUACUUGCUGUUAUUUCUUAACUCGAAUAAUUAUAAUAAGAUAGGCAGCUAAGACAUUUAGUUUCAUUUUAUAAGAUUAUAGAUGAAUGCAGACAUACCAUGAUGUGCCUGAUUACGUAUUGUUUAGUAUUAUUUAUCUCUGUAAAUAUAAAAUGUAUUUAACGUGAUCAAGGUUCAAAUAACAAGUAAUGUAACAAGAGCUUAUUGUAAAUAGCAUUUUUUAUAUAAAUCUUAAAUAUUUAAAUGUUAGUUAAACAUAUUUUUUUCUUCUCUCUCUUACUACGCAUUUCCAACCUUGUGUUCCUUUUUACAACCAAAAUGUAUGAUUAUUGUAUACAAUGUUAUAUUUGAAAUAGGUUUAUAUUUACUUGAACAUUCCAAUAAUAUAUUUUUUAUUCACUUUAUAUUUACAGAUUCACAACUGGUUAUUAUAAAUUAGAAUAGUAUGAAUGCAUUGGUUUUUCGGUUGAUUAUAAAGACGCCAUUAUCAUGCCAUAGUAAAAACGUAAAUCAUUUGCCAUUGUGGUUGUGUUAUGAAAUGUACAAAAAAAUUUAUAUAGUUACCCAAAUUGUUUAUUUUUAAAGAAUUUAUAUUAAAUUCUGUAUGAGUCUGAAUUUUAGCAUUAUUAUUAUUUUUUUAAUGUAAUAUUAUAUUAUGACAGAUAAUUAUGAAAUAUCAAAUGUGAUAAAGGUAUUUAUAAAUAUAACUAUAUUUUACAUUUCAUUGUUUAAUUUAUAUAAUACCUAUCCUUAUUAUUUACCUUAUAAUUAUUAAUAACUAAUCAAUAUACAAUAUAGAGGCCUUCAUUAUUAAACAAAAAACUUCACAAAGCCGGGACAAGCAUUCAUUGUAAUGAAUGAGAAUUGAAAAAGUGUUGAAAAAUAGGAUAACAUCACUACAACCAAUUAAUUUUGAACUUUAUCAUAAUUUCAUUAAUACUCAAAACGAUAGUAAAGAAUAUUGUCUUUUUUUUUGUAUUAUGUGACAUGCUACUGACUGCAUAUAUUUUUAGUGUGAAAGGUCACUUACGUCAAGUGUCCGAUUCUCGCACAUCGCAUCAACUUCUGGUCUCACGGAAUGAAAACACGCACUAUCACUAUAUACAAGCUAUCGUUUAGCCGAUAACAGUCAAACAAUAUUUUUGUACUAAAUAUUUCUGAUAAACAAAUCCUAGUGAGGCCUGUCUGCACUAUUUUGAUAACGUUGUCACAUAUUGAUGCGGCACUCGUGAUAAGGCGGUGGGGGAGUUUCAGCUCUGUUGGGCAAACGUAUGGCAUCCACUUGUAAAGGUGCCGCUUGUCUUACAACAGGUACCCCGUACGUAGGAUACGGUGGACCGCGAUCAGGUAAAGAGAGCUGUCUCCGAAAAGUGGGCGGAGUCUCUAAAUCCGGACUUAUUAUAUUAUUCCAAAGCAAACUAGUCCUCAUAUCCCCAUCGCGGCGUCUUUGGAUUCUCCUGGUUUCUCUUCUCGACCUAAAGCAUGUCAGCUGACCGCACUUACAAAACUGACGCAACCAUAUAUAAGUACCAACUACACCGAUCGCUAGUCCCAAUUCCAAACCUAAAAUAAACGCCUGGAAAGCCGAAAAUUUCUUGUCGAACUUCUCGAAUGGGGUCAGAGGCGUCGUAGUUUCCACAUGACCGGGCUCUGUUUCAGGCCUCGUGAUAUUCCAAACGUCGUUGACGUUCACCUCUUCUUUUUCGACAGUAACAAGCGAUAUAAUUUUUUCCGACAUCUUGGGUGCUAAUUUACUGCACUGUUUUUUAUAAAUUAUAUCAUGAUCAAUGAUAAAAGUCUCGACAUUCAUGAAGCCUGCGGUGCACUUCAGAUAGUCGCUUUUAAGCUCUAUUUUUUGCAAUUUUCGCAACGGUGCGAGCACUUGUGUACCAAAAGUUACGACAUAGUUGUCGCUCAGGUCCAACUUUCUUAAAUUUGGUAAUCUCGUGAACAGUCUGUCCGACAAAGCCAUUAUGUGACAAUUAUUUAGAUUCAAUACCUAAAAAGAUGAAAAUACAAGAUAUUAUUAUUAUAUAAGAAAUAUUCUUAACGUUCUUAAUGAAAAAUGCUUAAAAAAUCCACUUUGUCCCUGGUACUCUGAGAUGGGAUUCAGACCCACGAUCUUUCACAAUCCGGACGAAUGCUCUAACCACUUAUUAAUUAAUGCAAAAUUGAUCAAACAAAAUAUAUUAGUUAUAUAGGAAAUUUAGAAAAUAUUUAGGGUCGGUGCAAAUCUGAUAGAUGACCGUCAAGCGUCACACAAAAAUAGUCAUGCGUUAGUGUAUAAGGUUGAAUCAUCUCAUACCACAUUUGAAGUCCAUUCUCCCUAUUCUAUUUCAUCAAUAAGGAAGACCCGGGGGUGCAGUCUACGUGUAAGUUAACAAAUAAAGCAAAUCUCUACGAUCAGUAUAUUGUUAUUUAUUAAGCACCUAUCGAGUGCGACUCCCAAAUUAGCUAUGCGUUAGUUACCUAGUGAUCGCGUUUGACAGCUCGUUAAUAGGCUGGUGAUGAUGAUAGAAUAACUUUGUCAAUUCCGACGUUCAGCGACCGACAAAACGCGACGCAUCUUCCGUCAAAUAUGCACAGACCCCAAGACGUAUUUGGGAAGAUUCAUAAGGAUAAAAAGUAAAAAUAUAAAACUAACAUACCCGUAGAUUCGAAUGCAUUAAAAACGGUUCAUUCUUAAGUUUCUCGAAAAUAUUCGAUGAUAAAUCCAAAUUGGUAAGUUUCGGUGUGUCCCAAAAAAGGUCCGAGGGUAUAUAUCUUAGUCUAUUAUAGCUCAAGUCAAUAUGAACCAAACUUUCCAGGCCCGAAAAUGCGUGCAAACCAAUCCAAAAUAUCUUAUUGUAAGACAAAUUCAAAAUCUCCAAAGACAAAUAGCCGGCAUCCUGAAAUUAUAAAAUUACCGAUUAUGUGCGACAAGCAGUAAAAAAUGUAUUUUAUCAAGCGCAACACUGCACUUAUCUCUGAUUAACACAGUAUAUUAUUAUAUAGAUACUUCACCUUGAAGCAAAAGUUAUCCAAUUCACUGAUCAAGUUAUGUGUAAGAAUGUACUUCUGCACUCCUUUUGGCACUCCCACGUCCACUCCAAUUAGGUUUUGAUCAAUACACGUCGCUCUGUUCAACCCACUGUCCAUAUCACAGUCACACACUUUCGGACAGAAAUCACUACCAACAACAUAACUUAAACAAAACACUACUAUUGAAACGGCGUAACAAUUUAUCGCCAUUUUUUACGAUUCGACACGAUUGUUCCACUUGAAUUGUUUAUUCGCAUUGUCGAGAUCUGUAAUGUUCUAAUGAGUGGAUGCACUAAAAACAGGUAUAAAACUGGAACGGUGGACAAUGAUACGUGUAACGAUAAAACAAGCGUUAUCAAUCAACACUGAUA